AUGGAGAAGCCUGUUGACCUUCAUCAUGAGAACAAGGCUAUUGGUUCUGUCAUAGAAGAUGUUCCUCCCAAAAUCGAGCAGGCGCAAAUUGCUGCCGAAGAAGAACAUAACCUAUCAGUCUGGGGGGCCUUGACCCAGAACAAAAGGAUCGUCUUCUGGUGCAUCUUCUUUGCUUUUAGCGCUGUUGGAUGGGGCUUCGAUGCGCAAGUCAAUGGUGCAAUGGUUGGAGUACCCCAAUUUCGACGCACUUUCGGUUACAUCUACGAGGGCGAGCCGGUGAUCCCUGCCAGCUGGCUGUCUGGAUUCAACAGCAUCUCCAGCGUCGGGCAAUUCUUUGGUGGCUUCGCGUGUUCAUACAUCUCGGACAGAGUAGGCAGAAAGGGAUCCCUCCUUAUCGGGCUUGUGAUCGUCACUGGCGGAAUCUUUGGCGAAGUCUUUGCGACCAGCCGGCCAGCCUUUCUCAUUGGAAAAUUGAUCCUCGGCAUUGGUCUUGGGUUCUACUUGACCAUCGGUCCACUCUAUUGCUCUGAAGUAGCGCCAGUGGUUAUUCGUGGUAUGGUCACUGGUGGCAUCAAUUUUGCAAUCGUCAUUGGUCAGCUAUUGUCCAAUGCCGUUAUCAAGGGGUUUGGGGGCCGUGAGGACAAUUGGGCCUUCCGGGGUCCGUUUGCGGUCCAAUUCUUGUUCGUCGGAAUCUUAAUCAUCGGUCUCCCAUUUGCGCCAGAGUCGCCAUGGCACUACGUCCGUCAGAACCGCAUCGAGGAUGCGAAGCGAAGCCUCGAGCGCCUCCACGGCAAGGAUGUUGAUGUCGGACCCAGAUUAGCUAUGAUCAUCAGAACCAUCGAAGAAGACACCGAGUUGUCUCAAGCAGGACGCUGGGUCCAGUGCUUCCGCGGGACCAAUUUAAUUCGGACUGUCAUCUCCGUCGGGGUCUUUGCGUGUCAACAUCUUUCAGGCAUCGUCUUCGCCCUCGGCUUUUCAACAUACUUUUUUGAACUUGCUGGUAUUCCGCUAAACCAUGCCUUCGACCUUGGUGUUGGAGUCACCGCAUGUGGUGUGGUUGGCGUUCUAAUCUCCUGGAGCGUGAUCAACACUGUCGGUCGCAGAAAGUUGUUCGUUGGGGGCAUGGUUGGCAUGACAAUUGUCAUGGUCCUGAUGGGCAUAUUAGAUGUCGUCCGUACUUCUGCUGCUCGCUGGGUCCAAGCAUCCUGCACGGUGGUGUAUGCACUGAUCUACCAGAUCACCAUCGGUGUGAUUGCCUUUGCACUCCUUGGAGAGGUAUCAACCCCAGCACUUCGAGCUAAGACGAUCGGCCUUGCAACCGCUUGCCAAGCUGUCUUUGGCACACUAAUGAACAUCGUUGUACCAUAUAUGGUCAAUCCUGACAAAGCAAAUCUGAAGGGCAAGGUCGGCUUCGUCUUCGGGGGCGCCUCCCUUCUCGGAACAAUCUGGAGCUAUUUCUACAUCCCUGAACUCAAAGACCGUACCUUCCAGGAGAUCGACUAUCUAUUCCAACACAGGGUUCCUCCGAGGAAGAUGGGGAAGCUCAGAAUCGAAGAGAUCUCAGAUACAGCUGCAUGA